AUGACCAACAACAUAUGGAAGCCAAGAUACUUUGACAUUGGAGUGAACUUCUCUGAUUCAAUGUUUAAAGGUCAUUACAAUGGAUCAAGCACCCCUAAACACCCCAAUGAUAUUGAAAAAGUUAUAGAUCGAGCACAUUUAUUUAACGUGAAUAAGAUGUUAAUCACUGCUUCUUCUAUUGAAGAAACCGAAGAACAUUUUGACUUAUGCAAACAAUAUCCUAAUAAUUUUAAUUCAACUGGUGGUGUUCAUCCUUGUACUGUUGCUCAAGAAUUUUAUAAACAAGAUGACGAGACUAAGAAAUAUACGGAAGAAUUACGAGAUGACGUUGAUGAAAGGUUGAAUCAACUUGAAGGGUUGGUCAUACAAGGAUAUGAACAAGGGAUAUUAAAGGCAUUUGGUGAAAUUGGAUUAGACUAUGAUCGUUUCCAUUAUUCCACCAAAGAUCAGCAGACGACUAUGUUUAAGAAACAGUUGCAAAUUUAUGCCAAUUUGAAAGAUUUGAAAAUUCCAUUAUUCUUACAUAUGAGAAGUGCUUGUGAUGAUUUCAUAUCUAUAAUAAAACCAUUCAUUGACGAUGGGUCUAUUGAAUUUGGUAAUGGGGUUAUACAUUCUUUCACUGGUACGACAGAAGAGUUAGAGAAAUUACAAACUUUAGGAUUUUACUUUGGUGUUAAUGGAUGUUCAUUAAAGACAGAAGAGAAUCUUGUUGUUGCUGCUAAGAUUCCUAUAGAUAAACUAAUGAUUGAAACUGAUGCCCCAUGGUGUGAGGUAAGAAAAAGUCAUGCUAGUUAUAAGUACUUGACAGCAUAUCCUAAUAAAUAUUAUCCCGAAGUGAAGAAACCAAUAGUGGAUGAGGUUGAAAGUAUAACGGAGGACUUGGAUACUUCCUCCAUCAGUAACGGUAAUGGACAAAAGAAGAAGAAACAACAAUCAAAUGGAAAACAACAAGAAAUAAAAUUAGAUGAACUUUUACCAUUUCCAUCAAUCAAGAAAGAAAAUUUCCAAAAGCAUCAAACCGCUGUUCAGAGUUUACUCGAGAAUCACAAAACACCGGAAUCCAUCGAUAAUAGAGUUGGUCAAUUUGCAUAUCCAUUAAUAAAAUCUAGAAAUGAACCGGUAUUCGUCGGUCAGGUGGCCCAAAUUCUUGUUGAACUUCAUAAUUUAAAAACUGAAGAAGAAAUUGAGAAUUUCAUCGAUACAGUUUACGAAAACUCAUGUAAGUUAUUUAAAGUAUAG